AUGACAAUUCUAGGUACAGCUCUUGGUUUGGCUUUCUGUUUACUUCAAGCUGUUUCUGGAGAAAGUGGCUAUGCGCAGAAUGGAGACUUGGAAGAUGCAGAAGUGGAUGACUAUUCGUUCUCGUGCUACAGUCAGCUGGAAGUGGAUGGAUUUCAGCACUCACUGACCUGUGUUUUUGACGACCCAGACGCCAACAGCACCAAUCUGGAAUUUGAAAUAUGUGGUGCCCUUUUGAGGGUAAAAUGCCUGAAUUUUAGUAAACUACAAGAGCUGUAUUUCAUCAAGACAAAAAAAUUCUUACUUAUUGGAGACAGCAAAAUAUGUGUAAAGCUUGGAAAAAAGAAUCUGAUUUGCAAAGAAAUUGAUAUUACCAAGAUAGUUAAACCUGAGCCACCGUUUGACAUAAAAGUUACCUAUCGUAAGGGAGCAAAUGACUUUGUGGUGACAUUUAAUACAUCGCAUUUGCAAAAGCAAUAUGUAAAUCAAUUAAUACAUGAUGUAGCCUACCGCCAGGAAAAAGAUGAAGGCAACUGGAUGCAUGUGAAUUUAUCGAGCACGAAGCUGACACUCCUGCAGAGAAAGCUACAACCUGAUGCGAUGUAUGAGAUUCGAGUCCGAUCCAUCCCUAAUAGCAACUAUUUUGAAGGCUUCUGGAGCGAUUGGAGCCCAAGUACUCAUUUCAGAACACCAGAGAACCAUAGGGCAGGGGAACUAGAUCCUGUCCUCCUAGUUGUCAGCAUCCUGAGUUUCUGCUCGGUGGUUCUUCUGGCUGUCUUGGCCUGUGUAUUAUGGAAAAAAAGGAUUAAGCCUAUGAUAUGGCCCAGUAUCCCUGAUCAUAAGAAAACUCUGGAACAACUCUGUAAGAAACCAAAAAAGAGUUUGAAUGUGAGCUUCAAUCCUGAAAGUUUCCUGGACUGUCAGAUUCAUGAGGUGGAUGGCAUUCAAGCUAGAGAUGAAGUGGAAGGCUUCCUGCAAGAUAUUUUCCCUCCACAGCCAGAGAAGUCUGAGAAGCAGAGAUGUGGAGCAGGAGCUCAAGGCUCCAACUGUCCAUCCAAUAUUACAAUCAUCACCCCAGAAACUUUCAGAGAGUCACCCCCCAGAUUCCUAACUGAGAAUUUCAGCGCAUGUGAUUCCCCUGUACUCCUCUCUUUCAGGUCCCAAAAUGGCAGAGAGAGUGGCCAGGGUGGGUCUCAUGUAUACCAUGGCCUCCUGCUUAGUCCUGGUACUACAAACAGCACACCGAUCCCUCCAUUUCCUCCCCAGUCAGGAAUCCUAACAUUGAACCCAGUUGCCCAAGGACAGCCCAUCCUCACUUCCCUGGGACCAGGUCAAGAAGAAGCAUAUGUCUCCAUGUCCAGCUUCUACCAAAACCAGUGA